UCAUGAAUAUUAAUAAGCGUGCCUUCGCCGUAGUAGCGUCGGCGGAUUCGCGCACCGGCCACUCCACAGAGAGCAGCCGCGCAGGCGGACACAAGCUGUGCAGGUCCCCGCGAUGCCAGUCGGAUCUUAAGCCGCCCGGUUCACCCCGUGAGAAGGACAGGAGAGGACACAUUAAAAGAGCCCUGUUCCCACCUCACCCACAGACUCUCGGUCCGAAACGGGCAGGAGAAACAAAAGCAGACAUCGUUGAAUUGGAGUAAAGCGCGUCCUCCGGUGCAGCGCAGCUAUAAGAGGAUUGCUGUAUCCCAAGAACUGCAACGCCGCCUGAAGUGUGUUUAGACGGGGAAAAUGUCAUUGUCUGGGAAAGAAAACAGCACUAGCCCUCAUGCCAAUUACGUGGGACCGUACCGCUUAGAAAAGACCCUCGGGAAAGGACAGACAGGUCUUGUAAAGCUCGGGGUCCACUGUGUCACAUGUCAGAAAGUCGCCAUAAAGAUUGUAAACCGAGAAAAGCUCAGCGAAUCCGUUUUAAUGAAGGUGGAGCGAGAGAUCGCCAUCUUGAAGCUAAUAGAACAUCCACAUGUAUUAAAGUUGCAUGACGUCUACGAAAAUAAAAAAUAUUUGUAUUUGGUUUUAGAGCACGUGUCGGGUGGAGAGCUGUUUGACUAUCUGGUAAAGAAGGGCCGAUUAACACCCAAAGAAGCUCGAAAGUUCUUCAGACAGAUCAUCUCAGCUCUGGACUUCUGCCACAGUCACUCAAUAUGUCACAGGGACCUGAAGCCGGAGAACCUGUUGCUGGAUGAGAAGAAUAACAUCAGGAUAGCAGACUUCGGCAUGGCGUCCCUGCAGGUGGGAGACAGUCUGCUGGAAACCAGCUGUGGAUCUCCUCAUUAUGCGUGUCCUGAAGUCAUCCGGGGAGAGAAGUAUGACGGAAGGAAAGCAGACGUUUGGAGCUGUGGGGUCAUUCUGUUUGCUCUGCUGGUGGGAGCUCUGCCGUUUGAUGAUGAUAAUUUAAGAAACUUGUUAGAAAAAGUGAAGCUGGGUGUGUUUCACAUGCCUCAUUUUAUCCCACCGGACUGCCAGAACCUUCUGCGAGGAAUGAUCGAGGUCGACUCCGGUAAUCGGUUAACGUUAGAGCUGAUCCAGAAGCACACCUGGUACAUAGGAGGGAAGAAUGAGCCGGAGCCGGAGCAGCCGGAGCCCAGGAAGGUGGCGAUCCGCAGCGUCCCGUCAGCCGACGACAUCGACCCGGACGUCCUGGAGAGCAUGCACUCGCUGGGCUGCUUCCGGGACAAGAACAAGCUGAUGAAGGACCUGCUCUCAGACGAUGAGAAUCAGGAGAAGAUGAUCUAUUUCCUUCUGUUGGAUCGUAAGGAGAGAUAUCCCAGCCAUGAAGACCAGAACCUCCCUCCUCGCAAUGAUAUAGAUCCGCCGCGGAAGCGCGUCGACUCACCCAUGCUGAACAGACACGGGAAGAGGAGGCCGGAGAGGAAGUCUAUGGAGGUGCUGAGCGUUACGGAUGGAGGUUCACCUGUACCGGCACGACGAGCUAUCGACAUGACACAACACGGACAGAGGUCACGGUCCAUCAGUGGUGCGUCCUCUGGUCUCUCCACCAGCCCUCUCAGCAGUCCACGGGUGACCCCCCACCCCUCUCCAAGGGGCAGCCCUAUCCCCACCCCCAAAGGAACGCCCGUGCACACGCCUAAGGACAGCCCCACGGGGACGCCGACCCCUACGCCGCCCCCCAGCCCCUCCAUCGGGGGAAUACCCUGGAAGACACGCCUCAACUCCAUCAAGAACAGCUUCCUGGGCUCGCCGCGCUUUCACCGCAGGAAACUGCAAGUUCCCACUCAAGAGGAAAUGUCCAGCCUCACGCCAGAGUCUUCCCCAGAACUUGCCAAAAAAUCUUGGUUUGGUAACUUCAUCAACCUAGAGAAAGAGGAGCAGAUCUUCGUGGUUAUUAGGGACAAGCCACUGAGCUCUAUAAAAGCCGACAUCGUCCACGCCUUUCUCUCGAUACCCAGCCUCAGUCACAGCGUCGUCUCGCAGACAAGUUUUCGGGCUGAGUAUAAAUCCACCGCUGGCCCCACCGUCUUCCAGAAGCCUGUUAAGUUCCAGGUCGACAUUACGUACACUGAGAGCACUGCGGCCACCAAGGAGAACGCCAUCUAUUCAGUCACCUUCACUCUGCUCUCAGGUCCAAGCCGGCGUUUCAAGCGGGUGGUAGAAACGAUUCAGGCGCAGUUGUUAAGCACACACGACCAGCCGGGAGUCCAGCAGCUGUCUGGAAUUAUCCAGAAAACGUAUUAAAACUCCGCCCCCCACUUCCCUGCACAUCCUGAGACGGACAUUUAUUGACAGACGGCAUGUUUCAUGAUGAACAAGCAGGUUACCAAGGAGAUGGACGCGUCAUCCUUCAUCAUACUCUUCCCUUCCCGCUCUCAGUUCUCUCUGAGGACUAAAAUAUGAAUGCCCACACUUGUUCCCACUCAACCUGUGUGCUCCCCUGCCAUCAUCUCAGCACCCCAACCUGUUAAAAUGGUUGACCAGCCAGUGGGAACCGGCUGCACCAACAGGCUCUGUUCCAAAACGUAGUGAGCUGCCUCUAAGAAACCUCACUCUGAUCAAAUCAUAAAGCAGCCCCUUAAUGCAAUGCAACAAAUUUAGUCAAAAAUGGCGUUAAAGAUGGGAGAGAAAGCACUCUCUGUGCUUUAAUUGAAAUAAGGACUAUUUUGCCCAAUAUUUGAAUGUUAUGUAUUUUUUUGUACAAUAAGGGAUGGAGCUGUUAGCAUAGCAACAUGCUAACGUCAAACUGUUGAAAUCAAUUGAACGUUGAGUCUCUCUGUGCAGUUGUUAGCUUAGCAACAUGCUAGCUGCAAACUGUACUGAAAUCAGUUGAGAAUUGAGCCUCUAGUGCACAUACUUCAGGACUGCUAUUUGUGUCACACAUAACGCUCUUUCACUGGGCCUUGUGCUGGAGUCAGUGCUCGACCAAGAGUGGCACUCGUUUAGAACUGGCUCGCACUUCCUCUGGCAGUGAGCAGAACCCUCUCCAUCACCGGCCCAGGAUUUUUUUGAGUGGAAAACCACAGCCUGGUUCCCAGUUGGGCUCCAGCUCUGGCACCAGCCCCGGUGGAAAAGCGGUAACAGAGUUGAAGUGUGUUUCAAAUAAGUUGUUAGCUUAGCAAUAUGCUAAUGGAAGACUCUGCUGAAAUCAAUUAAUAAUCAAGUCUGACAUUUUAUCUCACAUUUCUGACUUUUUUAUCUGAGAAUUCAGAUUUUUUUUCUCAGAUUUG